AAAACUGCGCGUGACACUAUCACCAAAUUUCUUCUUCUUCGUUCACUUUUCUUUGUUGCAUUAUACCGUAAUUGAUCUUAGUUAAUUGAUUAUUCGUUGAUAAUUUCAUCAUUUUAUUGGCAAUAGCUGGUAAUAGUGUUACGAGAUGGAUGAUGAAAUAACCUUUCAUUUGCAGAACUGAAAGAGCCACCUCAUGCGCGAACUUUUUGCCAGAGAAGCACUUAUCAAGGACGUUCAAUUUGCAAUACACUUGUAUGGUGACAGUGUUGGUGUAAGUCGGUAAACAGGAAAACACUGUGCGCAUUCAUUCCUCUCUACUGACCCACAUUCGCAGAAGUCGCUAUCUUUUCUUCUGCUUCUCUUCUCUACCCUCGAACAAUCAGCUAUAAGUCAAGCCAGCCACGGCUCGUUGAUCUGUCGUUUCUCCUUGCUCAGGAUCGUACGAAUCGCUUUUUUCACCUUGCAUUUAUCUUUACUCGGAGAAAAAAGUGGUACCAUAUCGAUAAUUCAUUUCUCCAGUUAUUUUAUUUUUAGUUCUAGUUAUUUUCAGAGAUCCUUAUAAGUGGCGACGCGACGCAACGUCACUGGAUCAUUCGUCUGCACGUCAACUUUCUUCCGUUUCAUUUUUGUCGACGUCCAGUCACUAUUUUCGACUAAUUUACUAAUUCGAAUCGGAACUAGCAGGAUCCCCGACGACGUUCGAUUCAAAGAAAUACAUUUGUACGGAUGUUAGGAAACAUCAAAGCACGUCACAUUGUCGGACGUCCCUCUGAAUGUGUUUCUUCUUUUAUACUCGAGGAAAGUAAAGUGAAACCAACGUAAAGUGAAACCUUUCAGUAGAGAUGUAACUAUAAUAAGAAAAGUGAAAAGAAUUAGAAAUUGAGAAAGAGUUACCAGAAAUGUAUUUUUUAACCUCUCUGAUUUUGAUAUUGCAGAAUUUAUAUCAUAAUUUAAUAUUUCAGAAUUUUAAUAUGCCUAUUUUAAUGUUGCAUGAAGGAGAUAUUUGAUAAAGUUGUAACAAGGUUGGUUACUGAAUGUAAGAAGUAAAAUCAAGAGGAAAAAAAGGAAGCAGUAGUCGGGUCGAAUUUCAGGGACCGUCAUUUCAUUGUUUUUUCUCCUUUUCUGCUGAAAGAUGAUCGAUUUGUGACGGUCAGGUCGAAAGAAAACGUGGAAAAGGUCAGGAUAACGCAAAGAUCAUACAUGGAGCUCAGGUCAAUGUCGAGACGAUCACCACCUUACACGCAUAACGAACAGAGGUUCAUGAACUCGCAGAAUGCCUGCACGACAAAGAAACAAAAUGGUUUAAGUAAAAUCAAAGUAGAGGAGGAGGACAAUUCACCAACAGUGAUAGUCAGAGAUGUAUGUGUCUUUCCAAAAUGUAAAUACUUUGUCUACUCUGUCUGUGGGCUCUUGAUAUGCUUCCUCUGUAUUGUUUGGAUCAGCCUCGUGUUCCCUUAUCCUAUGCAUGCUUCUUGUAUUGUAAAAUGGAAAUUUGGUGAUCCAUGCAAGUAUGUUAUGCAGAAAUUUAGGAGUCAGAUACUUAAUUGGUCGUCCUGUGUGAAUUGUGGCCCACGUGGUGGUAGAUGUCUAUAUACACUCAAGGAACCAAAACCAAAUGAGAGUAACAUAAUUAAAGCUAUUCAUCUUGCUUCAAAUUUGAAGACUACGGAAACCAUCAAAAUUGAUUUUGAUGAAAUUAACAAAACUUGCGUAGCAACGGGAGAAUCCGUGUCAAAUGAAUGGUUCAGGAUUUUCGAUUAUGGCACAAAUUACUGCAAUUUGCAUAAUUUAGUAACCGAGAUUGGUUUUGAUAAAAGUUCAAAGUUCUUGGAAUUGACAAGCAAUGCAGUUUGCACACAGUACAAUAUGGCAGUUUGUGGCUGAAAAAUAUUGCUUUGACUUUUCUUUGCCAUUUAUGAAAUGUUUUCAUUUAAUUAGUAUACAUACGUACAUUUGUUGAUAUUUUUAAAUAAAGCUGCAAAUA